CCCUGCUUUCCCAUCCUCCAAUCUACAAUACCACAAAACUCCCCUCCCCUUCUCUCCCACACACCUUCUCUCUCGUCUUUUACAGUAAAAGCGAAAAAAAAUCCAAAAGGAAGGAAGAAUGAGGCCAGGAGCCGGGUUCAACGCGAUCGGAGGGACGGCGUUGGCAGCGCCGCCGCCGUCGUCGGCGGUUCCUCACUCGGCGUGGCACUCGCCGGUGCCGUACCUCUUCGGGGGACUGGCGGCGAUGCUGGGCCUCAUCGCCUUCGCUCUCUUCAUCCUCGCCUGCUCCUACUGGAAGAUCUCCGGCUACUUCGAGGGCGGAGAUGGCGAUACUGAGAAUCGGGGCGCUGGUGGCAAGGCCGGCGCCGAGCCUGCCGCCAAACCGCAGGAGAGCUUCGAACCGCGGAUCGUGGUCAUCAUGUCUGGGAGGCCCUUCCUCGCCACGCCCUGUUCCAGCCGCGCCGCCUCCUUCGGCGUCAAACCUGUCGACACCGCCGAGAGCGAGAACGUUGAUGACGGAAAGAACCCGGGAAGCGUCGUACCCGCACCGUCCGGUGAGCCCAGUCAGACCCAGAGGGAGGAGAGUGAGCAGAACCACCCAGGCCAAGGCCAUGGCCAGAACCAAGAGCAGUGAAAUAUAGCUUUUCUUUUUGUUUUUUUUCCUACUUUUUGGGUGGAAGAGAUUAGAGUUUGCUUUUUUUUAGGGGGAAAAAAAAAGAAACAUUUUGAGUCAGUGUUGUAAAUUCUUGAGUUGGAGUACUGGAAUGGAGAAAGAAAUGUUCUCUCAA